AUGUCUGGAUCGUUUUGGAAAUUUGGACGAGAUUACUCAUCAGAAUCGCAAUUCUCAAGGAUCCUCAAUAGAGCUUUCAUAAAGAAUGAAGACAAGGAAGGAAUAACGGGUGAAAUCAUUUAUGGUGAAACGGAACAUAGUUCAAGCGAUUCUGACAUGGAGCGUGACGAUGAAGAUAGACCUGACGUGCAAUUGCCUGAAGACGAAGAAGGAUUCAAGGAUUACGUUCCAAAUCUAAAUGUCCUAAGUGAGUUGUUGGAUGAUGAAGAGCUAUACACAGAACUUAUGUGCUCUAAUUUUAAGCUUUUAAUGUAUUUGAAAUAUCCCACAGUUCUGUCAAGACUGAUCGAUUAUGUAAUCGUCGACCAUACUACUACUCACGAAGGUGAAAAUGCGGAUGACAGUGAUGAAGAAGAUGAAGAAAUGAUAACGGAUGACCAGCAUGUAGAUACUAUGAGGGAAGGUUCCGAUUCCGAUAUCAGGUCCUCAGAUUUGGAUGCUGACCCACUUACUGAAACUGAGGAUCAGAUUGAGGUAAGAAGAGCUCAAAUGGCUGCUGAAGUUUUGUCCGCUGACAUAUGGUCCAUUUCAUCAGCUAUAAUUGAUAGCCCUGAGUUACUGGAGAAACUUUGGUCAGUGACGAACAACAUGGGUGUAAUUGCAAUCGACAUAUCAACAUAUUUCAUGAAAAUUAACGAGCGACUUUUAGAUAUGGACAUGAACGGCAUGAUAAAAUUUAUUGUAUCACAGGAUGAUUUAGUUGAUAAAUUUAUUGCUCACAUAGAUGAUCCACCGCUAAUUGAUUUUCUAUUGAAAGUUAUUUCUACUGAUAAACCUGAUUCUCCGAACGGAAUAAUACAAGAGCUUAAAUCUCAAGCCUUAAUUCCAAAAUUGAUCGACCUUUUAUCUCCAGAGAAUGACGCAUCAUUACAAUGCGCAUCUGCUGAUUUCUUAAAAGCUUUAAUUGCAAUAAGUGGUAACUGCAUAGAUGAGGUAUCAUCAGGUAUUGGCCCAAAUGAACUCACAAGGCAACUAGCAUCUACAGAAAUAAUGGAGCGUGUGGUUAUGAUUAUGCUAAAUGGUGGUACUUCUCUAAGUAAUGGUGUCGGAAUUAUCAUUGAAUUAAUUAGAAAGAAUAACUCAGAUUAUGAUUUCGUACAGGUUAUGUACACAACUUUAGAGACACACCCACCAAACGAUAGAGACCCAAUAUACUUAGGAUUUAUGCUAAGAUUGUUUGCCAAACAUAUGGCCGAUUUCAAUAAUAUACUCAUUGAAACUACACUGCCGAUUUUAGAAACUUCAUUUGGCAGGGUUGAACCUCUGGGGUUUGAAAGGUUCAAAAUCUGUGAGUUGGUCGCUGAAUUAUUACAUUGCUCUAAUAUGAGCUUACUUAAUGAAAGAAGAGGUGAGGCCAUUAUUCUUGAACGAGAUGCAGCUAGGCAGAGGUUGCUUAGCGAAAAAGAAACAGCUUUAUCUAAUGAAUCUUUCAACGAGAUACCGGUGCCAUCUGAAGGUGAGGAUGUUACUAAUAAAUUGAAUUCUUUACAGUUGGAAGGAAGUCAAGCCGGAUCACCUGCCGAGACUGGCAGAAACUUUAUAGAAGGGGAGGAAUUCACUGGAGCAGAUGAGGAUAUAUCUGACUCUGACGAAAUGGAAAGGAGUUUAUGCAAUGACCCUGUUGUUGGUGAUUUGUUAAAGAUCUCACUUCUCAAUACUCAGAUAAUUACUACUAUUCUCGAGAUGUUUUUCCAUUUUGUAUGGAAUAACUUUUUACAUAAUGUCGUAUUUGAUAUUGUGCAACAGAUAUUCAAUGGACCUUUAAAAACAGGUUAUAAUCGGUUUUUACUGAAAAAUUUACUGGAUGAAGCUGAAAUAACAAAGUUGAUCAUUGAAGGAGAAAAAGAAUCUUUGAAGGAAGAACGAGAGAAUAAUUUAAGAUUAGGUUAUAUGGGUCAUUUGACGUUAAUCUCUGAAGAAAUUGUUAAAUUUGCCGCAUACAUUGAUGAAAUGAAGAUUUCGUUCACAACGUCGACAAUCCACAACCGCUUGAAUGAAAAUGAAUGGAAAGAAUAUGUGGAAACCACCUUAACAGAAACAAGAGAAAAAUACGAUCUUGUACUGGGAGAAACAAUAAACGAUGGCGAUGAAGAGGAAGAAGAAAAUGAGUAUGAUGAUGUUGACUACGGUUUUGAGGAAAUGUUUGCCAAGAAUUCUCAAGCUGAGGAGGAAGGAGAAGAAGAGGAAGCUGAUGAUGUUAAUCACAGCAAGUAUGAUGUCGGUAAUCAAGAGAAGGAAGAAGGUGACGAUUUCAAUGGAUAUAGUCACUCACAAAUAGAUGGAUAUUAUGAAUAUAUCGAUAGCAAUGGAUCAAAAACAAUGUUAUACAGCUCGACCAUUGAAUACAAUAACGCCGAAUCCGAAGCUUACAACGAAUAUGAUGAUGGCGAUGAAGAAAACGAUGAAAAUUUUGGUGCGUACAUCUCUACACAACCUAGUUCAAGUUUCAAAGAUAGCGACAGAAGGCCGAAGAGGCACAGUGAAAAUGGUAAGGCCAUAGAUUCUGAUGAAGACGAAGAUGACUGGGAUUCAGCUCCAGAAUCUUUUUUAUUAAACACAGUACGAAGGAAUAAUGGUAACGCUUCUGGCGACCUACACGACGUGAAAGUAUUUCAGCAUCAAUUUGCACUAGAAAGCCUUGAAAAUGAUGAUAGAGGUGGGGAUUCAGGCGAUCAAGAAACGCCAUAUGCACAUCUUGUGUACUCAUCAAAUCCCACUUCACAUUACGCCGGCUCAAAAAGUGACGAAUAUGCAACUAUUUUAUCACAUAAAGGUGAUGAUGAUGAUGGUGAUGAUGAUGAAGAAGAAGAAGAGGAAGUGGAAGAAGAAGAAGAAGAAGAAGAAGAAGAAGAAGAUAAGAUGAGCGAUAAUAGUGAUGAUGACUCAUCAGAUGAAGAAAGAAACACUGUUAGUCCUAAAUACAAAUUAUGCCGAACUACCAGUAAAGAAAACUUAUCAUGGGAUGAUGACGACGACUAUGAUGAUGAACAAUUAGUGGGUCGUAGUGAAGGCAAACAAACUAGUCAUUAG